AUGCCUAGCCAACCAGCCAACCCGGAACCCGCCCCCGACUACGACUCGAUGCUCUCCCGCAAAUUCGGCAAGGAGGUCGCGAACUACUUCUCCGGCUCACCACUGAAUCGCGUGGGCUUUCUCAGAGGGGAUCACAAAUACCUCUCCCAAGCCUUGAACCAUCCGUCGACGCAGUUCUUACUAUGCAAUGAACUGCAACCACUAGUAACAAGCAGCAAAGACUCCCGGGACAAACUUGCCUGGGUGAAACACGACCAUGUCAAACAGGUAAUUGCCAGUGACCCUUAUGCGAGUAAUGAACAGGACAUGCUGGGGAAGUACGAUAGUGGGACGUACAUCCCUCAGAUGGUAUUUCUGGGGAUCGAUGAGAAGGGGAAGGAUGGGUUGGCGUACACGAACAAGAAGAAUACGUACACAGGAAUUCCGCACUUUGCUGUAGACGUGACGCCGAAGAAUAGUGUCAAGGAGGCGUGUGAGGGGCUGAUAAAGGAGCUGGAGGGGAAGGGUUUGGCGUUUGCCAAGGGUAGGGUUAUGGAUAUUGAGGCUUUGGACGAGCUGCUUUUGAGCCCCACCUCCCGUAUCCGAGCUGGCAAAGGAGCAAACUCGCUAAUACCUCCCUCAGCCGCCAUCUACGCCGAGGCUCGCCAACUCCUCGACUGGAACGCCCGCAACCCCUUCUGCGCCCAAUGCGGCCAACCCACCCUCUCCGUCAAUGGCGGCUUCAAACGCACCUGCCCGCCCAAAGACCUCUCCCGCAUGUCCAACGCCCUCCCCACCACCGGCGUGGCACCCACCGAUGCCUCCGAACGCCCACCCUGCGCCACCCGAAAGGGCAUCUCUAACCUCUCCUUCCCCCGCACAGACCCCACGGUCAUUAUGGCAGUAAUAAACCACGCUGGCGACAAAAUUCUAUUAGGACGCCAGAAACGCUGGCCACCCUACUGGUUCUCCACCCUAGCCGGCUUCGCCGAACCCGCCGAAAGCAUCGAAGAGGCCGUGCGAAGGGAAGUCUACGAAGAAGCCGGCAUCCUCGUUGGUCGCGUGGUCAUCCACUCCACGCAGCCCUGGCCUUACCCAGCAAAUCUCAUGAUCGGCGCCGUGGGGCAGGCGAUCCCACAGGGGGAGAAGAUCGACUUGGGAAAUGAUCCGGAAUUGGAUGAUGCGCGGUGGUUCGAUUUUGGCGAGGUGCGGGAGGCGUUGAGGGUGGGGACGAGUGGGUUGGGGGAGGAUGCUGGGCCGGAGUAUAAGGAGGGGGGACUGAGGUUGCCGCCUAGUACGGCGAUUGCGAAUCAGUUGAUGACUAGUGUUGUUAAUGGGUUUGCUAAUGGGGUGGCGAAGAUGUAG